CUGCUAAUCACUACUACUAUCAUUUCUGUGCGAAUUGUAGCCAUCUCUGAGCCUCAAAAGCCGACCGUUGAAACAACGUCGAUAUCGAUCCAAGAAGGAACUAGCGUUACGAUAGCUUGUUCGAUACAAGGCGCGUCUGGAGAGGAGUUGCAUUGGCGUAGAGCCGAUGAUCAGUACAUGAGUUUUGAUGCGUCCGAUGAGAACGGUAUACUGACUAUUUCCAAUGUGAAAGUAUUUGACGCUGCCGAAUACAUCUGCUAUACGUAUGACCGCAUGACCGGUGAACGAAUUGACUCGGAACCGGUCAAUCUUGUAGUAACACCUUCAGACGAGGAAAGAACCGAAGAAGAUUUGUUCGGUGAGGACCGAGAGCGACCACAACCUGAACCUGAGCAGGAACUGGAGCCUGAGCCUGAACGUGAACUUCCUUUGGAACCAGCCGUAGAACCUAAACCAACCAUUGAGAAGUCAACCGUAACAGUUGAUCAAGGUGAGACGAUCACCCUGAAAUGUUCCAUUCCGGUUCGGGACAGUGAGACGAUUCUACAUUGGCGCCGCGCUGAUGGUCAAUCGAUGGGAUGGCAUAUUACCGAGACUGAUGGCACACUGACAAUCGAGAACAUUCAACCGUCGGAUGCUGGCGCGUAUAUCUGCUCGGCUGAAGAUACGGAAACCUAUGAAAUAGUUGACUCAGAACCAGCUCACAUCACUGUUCUGCCACUAACACAACAACCCACAGAGUCCGAAGUAUCACUACAACCCGUUGUGGAUUCGUUCCAAGAAUCGGUUGAUGAGGGCGAUACGGUAACGCUACGUUGUAGCCUAGCGGAAACUAACCAUAUCAAUGAGUUUUCGCUGACUUGGCGACGUGAAGACGGUGAAGCGCUGAGUGCAGAUGCCAAUACGGAAGAACGUGGUGUGUUGACUCUGACGAAUGUGAAAGUAUCAGAUUCGGGCACCUACAUUUGUACGGCUGAAGACACUGAGAGUGGACAACGAAUAGACUCAGUACCCGCUUAUCUCACAGUUAAUCCAAGCAUGUCCGAAACCACGUGUACGUCGUAUAUUAUUGCAUUUCACCUUGUUUGCACUCAUCUUAACAAGCCACUAACUGACUAA